CGGAUAACCACCGACAACCUCGGCACACCUCCAGUUCCCCAAUAAAUUUGGAGCAGCCCAUCGCUGCGACACGGCAGUGUCUGCUGUUUCGUUACUUUGCAGAAGGCCGCGGCAUCUCCCAGGCAGAGCCACACAGGGACCUUGAUGCCCCAAUCGGAUCGGGUUUUGCGACUUUUGGGGUUCCAGGUUGCGUUCCCGUCCCCACCAUUGCGUCGAUAAAGAUUCCCCGGAUCCCCAGCUUUUCAAGUCAUUCAGUUGCGUCUUGCUUCUUCCUGUCUUUUCUUCUUUCAGUUAUCAGAUCAGAUAAGGCGGCAGGACACCACGACCUCCCAUUCGACAACACAUUCCACCAUGUAAGGGGGCCAAUGGGAACGAAUUCAUAUGCAACGUCAGCGACCGAAUUCCAACUCGCUUUUCCCGGGCUCUUUGGAUUAAGCAACUUCGUUCUCCAGAGCAAAGCCAUACUCGAUGGUGCAGUACCGAGGCAUCAUUGCGACCGUCUCCAUCUGUGGACCUCGCACAUAGCACAAUGAUCCAGUCAACCAGCGAUAGCCAGCCUCUAAGCUUUUAUACUCGAUGUGCUUCUCAGGGAGGAACUGCUUUCGCCAGGCACUACAUAAAUCUGGCGAGAUCUGGUCGAAAGUUGCCAUCAAAUUCCUACAAGAGGCUUGGAUGGCAAAUUAUCCUUUGACUCCGAUCUGAGGGGAUCCCCACAAGUGCUGAAACAAAGUUGCGAGCUGAGGAAGAGUUUUGGAACAUGAACUCAAACCAAGGAUUUCGGUGGGCAUUGUUCUUUAAAGACCAUUCAAGGAGUUGACUCUAGGACAGACCGAAGAUGCAUUUCAAGGGGCAUCAGGUUUGUCGGCUUUUGUUCCUCAACCAGACUCUAAGUUGUCAGAGGGGUUGUGGCCAUGGCUUGGAGAGUUGGAAGCGAAGACUGGUUAUAACCCUGCGAGACCGUUCUCCGCUGCCAUGGCACAUCGUUCAAGCGGUUCUUCCCGCCCGCUCCUCUGGCAACACAUCCGAGGAUCGUCUUCGGCGAGCCCGGAGGUGCUGAUAGAGAAGGACUUGCGCAUAGGUUGGUUAUUGGUUAAGGUUUUGCUCCCAAGACAUCCGAAUGGCGAUCAUGCCGCAACCAGCAACGUGAUUCUUGAUAUUCAAGAUUCCCAAGCCAUUCCCAUACGGCUGUGAAGAUAGCACUACUAUGGCGCUUGUAUUCGUCCAUCGUGAUCUUCGAUCAAGUCUUUUGACACACAACGGCGUCCCCGGGUGGCUGAGUAGCCAAGCUUCCAAGACGGGCAUAAGACCAACGAUCAAGUUGUGUUGUUCACCGUUCUCACCGUUUCGUCAUCCAAGCCAUGGUCCUGUACCUAUCUGGGCGGACCGUGAUUCAUUCGGGAUGCAAUUGCAUGUCUGGCUUCCUUUGGCGGUGGCCCGAUCCCCAAGUCGGCGAUCAGGAAACCCGAAGCCCCCCACGUCCCAGCUGAAAUCAUAUGCCUGUCACAGUGGAGGCUCUCUCGGCACCGCCAACCGGGCAAUUGAAGGAGCACCCGGCGAUCAGGUUGAAGAGAACUUUGUUGGCCCAGGAACGCAUGCCGAGGCCGCUAAAGGCACUCGAACUAAAGGCCGCAAUGCCCCACCAUGGCCUCAUGGCAUGAUGCGACGGGAGGCUCCAGGUCCAGGGCGCAGGAACAGCAGAUCCCCUCAUCCCGUCACUGCCCGUGGCGGGGCUCUUGCAUCGCUGUCCGUUCCUGAUGUCAGUUUGUACCUUAUCGGCCGAUGCGGGGUACCGUCGGUGCUGUUUUGACAGCGUUGACUUCAGUACUUGACAUACCUUGAUACUUUUCGGAAAAGGGGAAUUGUAAGGUUGAGAAACAAUACACAUGACGAGUAGCUGUAGUAGCUUGAGAUAUUGGGCUUUUUCCAUUCCA